CCAAUCGGCGGCGGCACGCUCAUGACUAUGCAAAUGAGGGGCGUAGGGCCGGCCAUUGCGAAGGCGCCCGGGUGACAGCGGCGCGCGCGCGCUUUGGUUGGCCCAGGCCGGCGGUGCGCGAAAUGGCAGCGGCGGCCCUGUACCUGGAGCACUACCUGGACAGCAUCGAAAACCUUCCUUGUGAGCUGCAGAGGAACUUCCAACUUAUGCGUGAAUUGGAUCAGAGAACAGAAGACAAAAAAGCUGAAAUCGACCGUCUUGCUGCUCAAUACAUUUCAACCGUGAGGAAUCUCUCGUCGGAAGAACGGGUGGAAAUCCUGCAGAAGAUCCAGAAUGCCUAUGCAAAGUGCAAGGAGUAUAGCGAUGACAAAGUGCAGUUGGCUAUGCAGACUUAUGAGAUGGUAGAUAAACACAUUCGACGGCUAGAUGCUGACUUGGCACGAUUUGAAGCAGAUUUGAAGGACAAGCUGGAAGGCAGCGACUUUGAAAACCCCGUAACACAAAAUUUGAAAAAGGGGAGGAUUCCAAAGGAAAAGAAAAGCUCCCGAGGCCGAGGCCGGAGAACAUCUGAGGAAGAGGCUCCAGUGAAAAAGAAACCAAAACGAAGGUCCGAAUUAGCUGAUACCAUCCUGUCAGUUCAUCCUUCGGAUGUCCUGGACAUGCCAGUGGACCCAAACGAACCCACCUAUUGCCUGUGCCACCAAGUAUCCUAUGGAGAAAUGAUUGGCUGCGACAAUCCUGAUUGUCCAAUCGAAUGGUUUCAUUUUGCUUGCGUGGACCUUACAACAAAACCCAAAGGGAAAUGGUUUUGUCCUCGCUGUGCUCAGGAGAAGAAGAAGAAGUAGAAGAAGAAGAAGAAGAGAAUGUAUUGUCUAAAAAAAGACGUUUCAUAUAUUCAUACCCGUUGCAAUAUUUUAUCUCUUUUUUUUUUCACUGACCUAUGUGUUUGAUCUGGUAUUUAUCAGUGGCCAGUUGUCGUUCUCUUUAUCACAGAGGGAGCCAUCCUAAUUGGGAAUAAGAGGAAGUUUGUGGGUGAUGUUUACCCAGGUUACGUUUCCAUGGCACUGUGAUCAAUGUUAUGAAGUAGCCCUGCACUGGAAUUUUUGUUCCCAUAACUGACGUCUGUGAAAUUGCCUAUGGCCUUGCAUGUGAAGGUGAUAUCAUUUGUGGUUAUCAAAUGUGUAUUCACUGCACCGCACAAUAUUUAUGAAGGAACUUAAAGUCUAAUUGUUACUUUUCCUAAACUAUAUUCAGUUUUGAAAAGGAGGGGAUUCUAUUUUUUUAAUAUGCAGUUCUGCCCUUUUAGAGGCAAGUUGCAAAAGGAACGAAAGCUUUCUUGGAAAGGCAAAAGGAAAGUAAUUACAUUAUUUUGUUAAGGUCUAUUCCAUGUUGGGGAGUUUUACACCUGCUCUAAUUGUUUCUGAUCUGUGCGCUAUUUUCUCUGGACUUCAUUCUGGUCUUGAUUUGAUACAAUAAAGACACAAGGAGUUCUGAAGAUGGGAGAGGAAUUCAGUAAAGUCUGAUUCACUCAUGAAACAUCCGUUAUUUUUUUCCCCAGUAUUUAUUCAGUAGUUAUUGCUGAAUGCCAAUAAUCUAUUAGUUUUAAUGUUUAAGGAAUAAGUAACCAGUCAAACUAGCUUUAAAAAGUCUCCAAUUUUAAGGAAGUAAAGAUUGCUGUGCCUGCAUAAAGCCAAGCUAUCUGGUAUAUUUGGUACCAUCUUUUACAGAAGCUUAACUGACAUGAAACAUCUUUGCUCUGAGUCUGGUAUAAAAAAGGACCUCAGAUUAUAGGCAGACAAUAAACUGGAAAGUUUAAAGAGGCAUGAUAUAGCCAUCAUUGUUUGUAUAAUGCGUACUUUAGUCUCCUAUCUGGUAAUACAGUAUUUGCCAGCUUCAAAAACUAAAUUUUCAUUGGAUAGCAUAGGGUUUUUUUUUGUAUCAGAAGCGACUUGAGUCGCUUCUGCUGUGAGAGAAUAGGCUGUCUGCAAGAACGUUGCCCAGUGGACACCCGGAUGUAUUAUCAUCCUGUGGGAGGCUUCUCUUAUGUCCCCUCAUGGAAGCUGGAGCUGACAGAUGGGAGCUCACCCUGCCCCCCAGAUUUGAACCAUCGACCUUUUGGCCAGCAGUUCAGUUUGCACAAGGGUUUAACCUAUUGUGCCACCAGGUACAAAAAAAGAAAGAUGCAACAUCUCUAUAUCCUAGAUAACAAUGAUUUUCUGCAUGUUACUUUAAUAUUUCAUCUGUUUCCAAAUUCAUAUGGGGAAAGAAAUUCAGGUCAAAAAAAUUGCCAGUUACUAUUUCUCUAUUUGUUUUGUGAAGUGAGGUUUUUCUUUGUAAAAAAAUCCCAAAUUAUAACAUACAUAGUUAUGCUGUCUGUUAUAAAAAUGUGGAAUUUAUUAGGAAUAUCUUAAUCAAUGAUGGCUUCUGCACUCUUGAAGCAACCGGUACUCCAUAAUGGCUGCAGCAUCACUUUGAAUCUUGCUUUCAUUCUGGAAAAUAAAGGGAAGACAAAUAUAUAUAUAUAUCGUAAUCAGCAAUUCUAGCUUUAAAGGAAGGGGAAAUAACUUGAUUUACUUCUUGUUAGGAAAUAAGUUCUAACUGCUUAUUUCACACUCCACUUUUGCAUAUUGUUUAGUAAGCAUAGGGCAAGGAACCUCUUCCAUUCCAGAUGUUUUAGAUUUCAGCUGCCAUAAACCCCAGUGGUCAGUGAUCAUGAGAAUUAUAAUUCUAAAACAUCUGGAGGAAGGACCCCAUGCUUGUUGAAGGAAAUAAUUGCAUUUAAUGACAGUGUUCUUUUUAUCACUUUGGAUUUCUUGUUACUGCAUUCAUUUUUCAAUGUUUAUACCAGUCUUGGGCAAACUUGGGCCCUCCAGGUGUUUUGAACUUCCAACUCCCACAAUUCGGAAUUGUGGGAGUUGAAGUCCAAAAUACUUGGAGGGCCCAAGUUUGCCCAAGACUGGUUUAUAUGCACAUUUUCAUUGCAGAGAGGAAAGGAAUAAUGCCUGGAGGGAAAUAAUUUGCAAUUCUCGUGUCCUUUGGUCACAAUUUUCUGCCAGAGUGUUGCAUUACUGCCUUUUGUUGUUGUUUUGCUAUUCAGAGGAGCAAGUGUUCAUUCUGAAGUAGUUGUCCUUCUCAAUAAUGUAUGGAUCAGUUUCAAAGGGAGGCAUUAGACCAGUGGUUCUCAACCUGGGGUCCCAAGAUGUUUUUGGCCUCCAACUUCCAGAAAUCCCAGCCAGUUUACCAGCUGUUGGAUUUCUGGGAGUUGAAGGCCAAAAACAUCUGAGGACCCCAGAUUGGGAACCACUGCAUUAAACUUUUCCCAAAUUGGAUUGAGGAAGCAUUUUCAUUUUCAGUGUGAGAAGACUUAUCUCUUAAUGUAAAGUAAGUCUGCAGUCACUGUGGUCUGUUUAGCCAAAUAUGGCCUCCCAAGCUCUACAGUUCGCCAGAUGCUUGACAAUCCUUUUAGUUUGUGCAAUCCCAUGCAAACAGAUGGGGAAAAUAUUAACUGAGGACCUGGUAGCUUUAUCAAGUAACCAUACAUUGUGGCUGGCCUAUAGAUUGUGCUGGUAUGUCGUGAAAUUUAUACCGAGCAUUGAUGAUUUAAUAAUUCAGGAAUUAACGAGUAAUGCCUUUCUGGAUCGUAAAAUGAGAUGGGAUUAGUUUUUACUACAUUUUUUAUGAUCUAGUUCCCCUUCUUUUCAAUUGCUGUGUUAAGAUAACAGAGGACUAGUGUUUAUAUAAAUCUUGAAAUCCUUUGAGACGUGUUUUUUGCAUAGAUAGUGCUGGCAUAUAGGUACUGGAGUUAACUAAACUGUUAACUUUAUUUUAAAAUAGGAUUGAAAUCAUGUACGAUUCCAAAGAAUUAAGAGGAUUUCUCCCCCUUCUUUAAGAUGGAGACACCAGAACUGUAGUGAAGCUACUGUUUUUGGAAUAUAGUCUUGGACUGAGCAAUAAAGGUGUUCCUUGUAAAUCAGUGUUUCUCAACCUGUGGGUCCCCAGAUGUUUUGGCCUACAACUCCCAGAAAUCCUAGCCAGUUUACUAGCUGUUAGGAUUUCUGGGAGUUGAAGGCCAAAACACCUGGAGAUCCACAGGUUGAGAACCACUGAGUAAAUGCUGCCAUCUUGGGAGGAAAAAGCCACCAAAUUGAUUGUUUUAUCAAAUAGAUAAUUUUGGUCAGGAUUGUACCAUUGAUACAGACUACAAGUAUCUGUCCUCUUGAUCCUGACCUGCGGAGAAUGUAUUCUCUUGAAUGUUGAAUGUAUCUGUCCCACGAUUGUUCCUUUUGAUGGUCCGGAGUUGAGCACAGGAGGGGAAAUUGAAAUAGCGCCCCUCUCUCUCUGAAACAUAACUUUAACCUAUUUUGUGGUAGUCAUCUUUUUUCCUCAUAGUUUCUCACUAAGUAAACAAAUGUCGCCGCCUAAACUUCCUUGUCAAGGAAUGUAUGUUUCCUUUGUAAAUCGAAAAGAAUAUUCGAGAUCUUUUUAUUAAAAUGUGAAAAUGUAUAUCUGUAUUUUUGAUCAUGUUAUAGAUAUGAUAGGUAUAUUGUUAUAAAUAAAGUAUUUUUGGGAACAAA